AUGCGAGGGAUUCAAUCUCAAGGGAUUUUACGAGGUUUGUCGCGUGACGUGGUCGAGUUUGUAGAAGAUGAUGAAGAACAUCAAGGUGAAAACAUCUACGUUCCAGGUGGCUUUAGGAUCCGCGCUAUCCGAAAUGAACACCAAUUCAAUAUUAGCAGACUUGCUUUGACAGUGUUUUUUUCUGUUGCCGUGGCAAUUACCCUUUUAGGGACCUAUUUGGCGCACAGAGAGCCUGCAAGAAGUGGGGAGGAGGCCGACUAUGGUCUUCUGGACCAAGACUUCGGCAACAAAACUAGCAAAAUUUGGAACAAUCGCACAUCCAUCUUUUGCUUCAUGGUGGUGCAGCAAGGAUCCAUGGAAGUCAGAUUGGCGCAAUUUCAGUUCAAAAAGAAAUGUGGCAUUUUCGAGUGCAACCAUUACGCGGUGUAUUCAGAUGCACCCGAAGCAAUAUCUCUGGGAUUGAACUCAGAUGGAACUGAAGAGAAGACCAUUCCAAUUCCAGGUCCUCCUGCCUUGAAGGGGUUGCAAAGUUGCCUCGGGUGCCAUUCGCAGAAGACGUACAUCAUGAACGCAAAUGUCUUGAUGCGAGCGUGGGACAAGGCGGCCAAGGAUGGAAUUGCAGGAAACUUUGGCAUCAAGCUGUUGGAUGGGUUGAAGGUGGCAGAGGCAGAGGUGAAAGAGGUUGCAGAGGCUGAGGCUGCAGAGGUGGUGCCAGCUGAGAUGAAGAAGAAGGGUGGACACAUGAAAAAGCAGGAGGCAGGAGCGCGAAUGGCCGCAGCACACCACGAACGCAUGGAGAAUUUCACCUUGCCCACCGGUGCGUGCCAGCCGUAUGAAGGUGAUGAUGAACACUGCAUGGAUUGCUUCCAGAUGGCGACUUGCAACAUAGACGGACUGAUCAAUUUUGUUGAUUGA